AUGGUGGAACUUACACAUGGUAAAGCAGACACGGAAGAGACCCUCAAAGUCCAGGCGUCUCCUGACUUCGCAGAAAGCGCAGGAAGCAUUGCCUCGACUCCAUGGACAACACCCUGCUCUGAAGCUGCCAAGAUUAAGAAUUACAAACGACAGAAUAUUGGUUGUAAAGGAAGUAUGCUCGAACAACAGGAAGGCUACAUACAUCCUGCUCAAGGUGAGCGUGAAAGCGCUAUGCGCAGCACACUUGGUAAUGAUGUGGACAACAAUGAUUUCACUGCUGCAUUCAUCCUGAGGGAGAUGGCAAACAGCGACAUCACUGCUGAUCCUGAGAGCAUGGAUUUUGUGCAAAGACUCAUGAAUCCAUCCGCUUCUGGAGGGACUUUGGAGUCGACUAACUCGGCUAAGAAAGAGACCCCGCGCGAGAGUCCACCCCUUCGUCGUUCAACACGAAACAAGACUGCCGCUGCUCCUGGAGCUGGGAACUCAUCCUCAAAGAUCAUCGAAUCUGAGCAACCGACACCUGAGCCCUUGAAAUUGGAUGAGGGCGAAGGUUUCAUGCCAUCCGCGGAAAAUGACUUCAAAUUCAAGUACGACAGCGCUUCUGGACGUCGAGCGAAGGAGCUUGAUGCACUGCUGAACCCCCCGAGCCUUCCUAAGGCGUUUCCAGCUGAUUUUGCUGGUGAGAAGACUUUCCUCUCUAAAAGCUACAAGGCAACUGGUACUCGGCCGAAAAAGAAUGCUGCAGACGAUAGGGUCAAAGAAAUGGAACUCGAACAUGCGCGAGCGCAGCAGGACGUAGAUAUGGCUAUGGGGCAAGAGGAUAUGUAG